UUUUUCUUCUCUUUUUUCUGGGUUAUGAUUUGACUGUGAAGUCCAUGCUCGUCCGGACUACUUGCGUGAUAUUUCGAAAUGGCAAUCGUUGAAAGCCGCAUGUCCUUUUUAGAGCCAUGGGCCGGUAAAAAGGAUGGACCAUACGUCAGAAUCAAGACAGAAGCAUCAUUCCCCAGAACGAAUUUCACCAAUCAAGAGCACAGUGUUCUAGUCCACGAUGCCAGGUCAAAAAAGGGGGAGUUCAAUCUCGAUACUAAUGGAUUCGCUUUUCACAGCUGCAAACCUUUUGACGCUAAAGUCAUAGACGCAAUCAGAAAAAAAGAUAACGGGCUAGUAGAAGACAGAUAUUACCCAGAAAUUAUAGACAUGGUCAAGCAGAAGACCGGUGCUAACAAAGUUAUUAUAUUUGAUCAUACUUACCGAAAGCGGGAUCCAUCGCUUGCUACAACGGAUAACCCCAACGGUAGAGAACAGCCAGCUACUGUGGUACAUUGCGAUCAGUCUACCGUAGGCGCAAUUGGAAGAAUCAGGCGUCAUGCGGGAGAAGACGCCGAUAUAUUGCUUCAAGGCCGUGCGCAAAUUAUUAACGUUUGGCGUCCGUUGAAUGGCCCGGUUGAAAACUGGGCAUUGGCAGUAAUGGACUACCAGAGCAUUAGGUACUCAGAAAUACAUCCCACCAGUAUCUAUAAAGAACGAUUCGAGAUUCAAGGACAGACGGUGUCAGUGAACCAUUCCGCCGAUCAAAAGUGGUAUUACCUAGACCAGCAAACCCCAGAUGAAGCAACCUUCAUCAAAAUAUGGGACAAUAAGGAUGGUGUAGCGGAAAUGUGUCCUCAUUGUGCCUUCGAGAACCCCGAAGCAGCUACCGAUGCUCAGUGCCGGGAGAGUAUUGAAGUCCGCUGCUUGGUAUUUUAUAACAAUAGUGAGAUGUCUUAUAAGUGAAAGGUUUUAUUGGUAUCGAGGAGAGAAAAGUAGAGCAAGUCAUUUAAGGAGUGGACACACGUAGAUAGAUGAGACGCCGAGUCGCCUAUUUCAAUAGGACUUAGAAUUGAUCCUGCCACUCGUGAGCAGAGUUCCUUUUAGA